UGAAGCCUGUGUUGGUAAACUCUACGAAAUGGCAUCUGAACACAUUGGCGACAAACAAUUUUGGCUGGCAAUAGCAAUAUUAAUUAAGAACUAUCAUGCACUGAAUAAAAAAAUAUUCGAGGUGUUGAUCACAGAAGUGCAAAAACAACAGGAUGGAAAAUUACAUGCAUCCAAUGAAGAUGAGCUGGAACAACAGCUGCAAACAGAUGCCGGAGAGCGGACUUGCGAUGGUUUUAAAAUCCACUUUAAAAUGCUGACCAAGAAAAUGUCAACAAACAUUUUGGCCAACGGUGUCGUGGAGUUUGUACAGCAACGUUAUGAAUGUCACUUUGUAGACGCCCAAUCCUUUGAUGAUUUUGCUGUGCAAUUAAAUGGUGGUGAACUAAAAGUUGCCACGUUCAACCAGAGCAACGACAAGGAGAUUUCUCCAAGCUCCCGUUGGGCUGAGUUUGUGCUAAAGCCAAAGCUUCACAAUUGGUCACAAAGCAAACGCGAAGAAGCUGCUCAAAAAUCACUGCACUUGCUGGAUGUGGAGAAGUAUAAUGAUCUAUACAAACAGCUGAAACAGAAGCAUUCGCAAAGUCUUCUAGAAUUGUGGCAAACGGCAAAUGAAUCAACGGAUCCAUUAAAAUUCAUCUACGAAGACUUGGCUAUUGCUGCCUAUCUCAUCACACUCUGGAGCUGUACACAAAGCGAACCCACUGGUUUCGCCGACUUGGGAUGCGGCAAUGGACUGCUGGUCUAUGUGCUCAAUGCCGAGGGCUACAAAGGCUAUGGUUAUGACGUGCGGCAGCGUAAGCUUUGGUCGCUGUAUCCCGAUGAAACAAAAACAAAGCUUAUUGAGCGCACUGUGGAACCAAAUAGCUUUCGUUGUGAGUUCGAUGGCAUCGAUUGGUUAAUUGGCAAUCAUUCCGAUGAGCUGUCGCCUUGGUUGCCAGUGCUUGCAGCGCGUCUCAAGUGCAGCUACUUCCUCCUACCUUGCUGCCCCUUCGAGCUGUCGGGUGCCAAGUUCCAGCGACGCAACACGUGUAUUAGCGCCUAUCAGGACUUUACUCUUUAUGCCAGACAAGUGUCGCAGCAAUGCGGCUUUGAAACGCUACAGGAUCGCUUAAAGAUACCAAGCACCAAACGCCUAGCUUUAAUUGGACUCAAACGUACGGCGAAAGCGUCGUCUACGCUUGAAGAUUUUGUGCAGCAUGAGCUCCAAAAGUAUCAAACUGGUGAAUCCAAAACAGAGCAAACAGUCAAACUGCGAGAAAAAGCGGAAUCCGUGAGAAAUUGCACUCAGAUCGAGAAGAGUAUUAUCGAUACGCUGGUGCUGAAAAUCUUUCGCAUGCUGCUGGACAACACAACAGGCACAGAGUCAUUAUCAUUCGAGUCUAUUUGGCGGCAAGGAAGACAGUUGUCAAUGCGCGAAAUUGCUCAAUCGCUCAGCAAAGAGGAGCUAACUGGCAUCAAGUCGGAGUGUGGUGGCAUUAAAACGCUCUUGCGUAAUAAACACGAAAUAUUUGAGUUUUGUGGCAACGAUCAAAUUGGUCUACGCAAGCCCAAAGAAAUUACAAAGUUGCAGCAGACAAAAGGAAAAUUGCUGAUCAUUAAAAAACGUGCGUGUUUCUUUAAACUGCACCAUCCUCAGGGUUGUCCAUUGGAGGAGAGCGAGUGCUCGUUUAUACAUUAGUUAUAGAUGUUGUAGUUAUAAAGACUAUUGUACAAAUUCGCAUCAUUUUACCCACUAGCAAAAUAAUAAACUUGUUAAAGUUGGCAAAUCUUACAGCUGUCAUAUAGCAUUCGGCGAUACGCCUAAUAUUAUGGCUAACAAUAAUCUAAGCAGUUAGCAGUUCAAAAUGUUUCAUUUUUAUGAAUACAACAUCGACUGAAGCUUGU